AUGAUCCCGAUGAAGCACACUCUGGCAGAGCAGCCUUCUCCCUCACAGUUGCGCCUCAGCACUGCUGAGCACUCUGCCUUUGAACACACUGGGACAACGUAUAUCUUUAGCAAAGGUGGUGGACAGAUCACGUAUAAGUGGCCUCCUAAUGACCGACCCAGUACACGAGCAGACAGGCUGGCCAUAGGGUUUAGCACUGUUCAGAAGGAAGCAGUGUUGGUGCGAGUGGACAGUUCCUCAGGCCUGGGUGACUAUCUUGAACUGCACAUACACCAAGGAAAAAUUGGAGUUAAGUUUAAUGUUGGGACAGAUGACAUUGCCAUUGAAGAAUCCAAUGCAAUCAUUAAUGAUGGGAAAUACCAUGUCGUGCGUUUCACGAGGAGUGGUGGUAAUGCCACAUUACAGGUGGACAGCUGGCCCGUCAUCGAGCGCUACCCUGCAGGAAACAAUGAUAACGAGCGCCUGGCGAUUGCUAGACAGCGAAUUCCAUAUCGACUUGGUCGAGUAGUUGAUGAAUGGCUACUCGACAAAGGGCGUCAGCUCACAAUCUUCAAUAGCCAAGCAACCAUAAUAAUUGGCGGGAAAGAACAGGGCCAGCCCUUCCAGGGCCAGCUCUCUGGGCUUUACUACAAUGGCUUGAAAGUUCUGAAUAUGGCAGCAGAGAAUGAUGCCAACAUCGCCAUAGUGGGCAAUGUGAGGCUGGUUGGUGAAGUGCCUUCCUCUAUGACAACUGAGUCGACAGCCACUGCCAUGCAGUCAGAGAUGUCCACCUCAAUCAUGGAGACCACCACAACCCUGGCUACCAGCACAGCAAGAAGAGGAAAGCCCCCCACGAAAGAGCCUGUCAGCCAGACCACAGAUGACAUCCUUGUGGCCUCAGCAGAGUGUCCCAGCGAUGAUGAGGAUAUUGACCCCUGUGAGCCGAGCUCAGCCAACCCCACCCGAGUGGGAGGCCGCGAACCAUACCCAGGCUCUGCAGAGGUGAUCCGGGAAUCCAGCAGUACCACUGGUAUGGUGGUGGGGAUCGUCGCCGCUGCCGCUCUGUGCAUCCUCAUCCUCCUCUACGCCAUGUACAAGUACAGAAACCGGGAUGAAGGGUCGUACCACGUGGAUGAGAGUCGAAACUACAUCAGUAACUCAGCACAGUCCAAUGGGGCUGUGGUCAAGGAGAAACAGCCCAGCAGCGCCAAAAGCGCCAACAAAAACAAGAAAAACAAGGAUAAAGAGUAUUAUGUCUGAUCCCAAGAUUCGAGAAAGACACUUGUAUAGAAAUAGUCUUCAUUUUAUCUGAGACAUAAUAUAAACUUAUUUACUUUCCUUUUUAUGAAGCACACACAAAAGAAGACAGGGAAUGCAAUCAGGAGGGAAAACUCUUUUUAAAAAAACAACAACAAGCAAACAAGUAUCUCAUGCUCUUGUUUCUCAAAAAACAAAAACAAAAAAAAAAUGAAAGAGAGAAGAAAGGAAGGAAAAAAUUCUAAAACAAAAAACAAACAAACAAACAAAAAAACAGGGGCCAAUAAAUUCCCUAACAUCCGCAGUGUUUUCAUUUACUCUGCCUGUCUUUAUGUUGCUGGAGCAUUCUAAAAGACGGUGAGGACCGCACGCAUUCAUAAAGCAAAGGAGUAUUACAUCGAGGCACAACACAAAACCAACACAAAAUACAACACACACAAAGAAGCUACCUAUGAUCCUGGAUUCAGCCAAAGUGCUAGCGCUGUCCCGAAAAGCCAGUGGGUCGGAGUGCCAGAGGAGAACGUCCGUUUGCGGGACCAUCUGCAGAUCACGAGGAGUUGGCCAGCUGGUGCGAUGGGAGUGGGGGCUGGAAGUUGCAUUUGAGACAGAGUGCUGGCUUUUUUGAAGACCUGUGUAGGAACGCAUUCCAAAAGCCCCUUUCUGUUUGUAAGAGAAUAAUCAAAUAAAAGUAUGGAGGCCUUAUUUUCAAAAAAAAAAAAAAAAGGGAAAUAUAAGGCACAUUUUCACACUAAAAUUUCAAAACGAAAAGGAGAGGGCAUAGAUGCAAUCAUUGGGAAAUUUUCAUGCACGCUUACUAUGUUAUUACAUAUGUUUAUAUAAAACCCAUCUCUGUGUGCUUUCUGGACUGUGAUAAGUGACGUUUUAUAGCCUGUUGUAUAGAAAAUGCAAACUAUAUCUCUGCUCUUCAGCCAUUUUUGGUAAAUUCAAUGUUAUAAGUGUUGCUAAGUAUAGGGAGUUUUAUGACAUCAGAGCAACAAUUAUUUCAGACAGAUUUUUUUGCCACCAUUAUAAAUUGCCACAAUUACUUACUUUUUUAAACAAAAAUUACAGUGUAGUGUUUAUUCUAAGAAAGAUAUGUAUGAAUGUAUAUAAAGAGACUCAGCUACUUCUUUUCUUACAUGUAUAGCCUUCAUUCUGUUACAUUAAGUUUUAGUAUUUGUAUGAACGGUGUGAAUUAGAAGGUAAAAUAUAUACCUAAGUAUCAUAUAAUCCUUUCUCUCCCCCAAAUACUCAUUUUGAUAUAUGUUCAACAUUCACAGUUACACACACACACACACACACACACACACACACACACACACACACACAUUCAGGCAGCCAUCAGAUAGGAUGGAACACCAAAACACACAAAUACUGACAAAUUGAAAAGUGCAAAGAAGACAGUUGUGCCAAGGUAUUAUGACAAAUGAGUGAUUUGCUUCAUUGAGAUCCUGAUUCUAGGAAACCUCAAGUUCUUAGUCCAUAGUAAAAUGGAACUUUUUUUUUUAUAAAAUAGAAUAUCACCAUAUACGGCUGCAUAAAUAUGCAUCACUCUACAGGCGGGUUAGGAAAGCAACGUUGGUGAAUUCUGGCUGCCGCAAUGGAAAACUCUGUUUCCCGUACAAUUAUAUAUAUGUUCUCUGAACAUGAUGUGCGUGGUCAAGCUUUAUGGAAAGUAAGCAUUUUCUCAACUAAAAAAGUAUUCUCGGUGAUUUUUGAUUCUGUAUUACCACCCAUUAAAAUCAAUCUCUAUUUGUUGACUAUUGACUAAAUUUUAACUUUUCUGGUUUUACAUCAUUAUCAUUAAUCAUAGUUUUAGUUUAACAUACAUUGUGUAGUAGUGAAUAUAGGUUAUACACUUGUUUUGCACAUUGUUUCAAUGAUGUUCAUAGCAAUAAAUUAUCAAUGUGAGAAGAUAAUUCUGAGGCUGCAGGGUGAUGCUUCUGCAAAAAAUUGGUCACAUGACAUAAACAUCUCCCAAAAGAAUGAUACUAGGUUUCAUAAAUGAGAAGGAUGCCAUUAUAAUCAGCUUUAAUCAGCAAGGCAAAAAAAAAUGCAAAACACUUUUUGUGGUAGUAAGUUGAUGAAAAAUAUGCCAAGAAGUGGCCUGGAUUUCAGACAUAACAGUACCUUAGAAAUAUGUAUAUAUCACAGCAAAUCAUGACGAACUAAAGCUGCCAAGUAAUUGUGUCAGAAGCCGUGAAGGCUUUUCAUCACAUGGAAAAUAGAUGGCAUAAAACAAAAAUUUGAUAUCCAUUACUUCUGUUCAUGGCUUCAUAUAUUUUUAAUUUUCCAGGUUAAAAAAAACUCGCAAGUCUUUUCCCCCUACCCCUCUCAUUCAGUCUUACUCAGGGAAAGCCAGAGAAAUAAAAAGGAACAUAAAAUCACUAAUUUAAAACUUAAAGUAUAUAUGUAUAUAUACUUUAAAGUAUAUACAUAUAUAUGUUUGCUUUUCCAUUUUAUCUGUUUAACUCAAACUAAUUUCAUCUGGAAGGAUUCUAAAAGGUGAUGGAAAAAUAAAUUGCAGUGUUUUAAAAUGGUCUAUCUGGGAGAUUUGCUGUUUGUCAUUGAUUUCAUUAUGUCCUCCCAGUAUAAAUUUAAAACUUUCAUACAUUGAUAGAAACUGUAUUUAAUUUUAUUGACCUCCACAAAAUCUAGCAGGUUUUCCCCCCCUGAAUGGAGAAGGAAAGGAUAGGAUUAUGAGUUUUUGAAGGAAAUAGACUUGAAUACAAUCCAAGUAUCUUUAUACUAAACAUAUCAGGGUCCGUGUGUCAUUUCCGGUUCAGAGAAGAUUUCACACUACCUGGCAUAAACUGAUUAUAUCUCUCGAUUGUAACUUUUCUGAUUGAGUAUGCUUCUUUUUUAUCCAUGUAAUGUGUUGCCUUUUUGAAAAACGAUGAUUACAAUAAUGUGUGAGGUGGUACAUCCCUAAGAUGUCAAAGAAAGGCCACUUUAAUCAUGCCCUUCUAGUGCUUUGAGUGACUGGGUAUCUGAGGGGUUUGUUCAGUUUUGUUCUUCUGUUGC